AUGUCGGACGAUUCAUCUAGCAAGCCGUCUGCUGAGCCAGACGUUGCCGCCGCUCUCCCGGAUUCACAGGAAUGUUCCGCUCCAACGGAAACCGUACCAUCUAGACCCCCUACCGGUUCGGAUCCGUCUGAUGACCAUCAACCAUCAGAGUCCCAGGAGGUGUCACAGGAUACCGAGACAUCCACAUCCCUCGACCAGCCUACAGGCAUUCCUGGGCUCAGUGAUACUGCUGUAAACACAGAAAACUCGGAACUCCUUACCCUCUUAGAGUCAAAUACUCAGACACCUCAACAGGACAAACUGGAAGCUCCCUCAGUGCAUGUCGAUGAUACUGAAGAUGUUCCCCAACCUACAGACCUAAAAGUUUCUGAACCAAAUGUCCCAGAGGUCACCCUGACGGAGGAUACAACGUCAGCUGGCCAUAACGACUCGAUACAGCCCAUAACGCAGUCUUCCGAUGAGCAGACUACUUUGCUCUCGAGAUCUAAUACCGCGGAGCUAUUAGCACGAGAUGAUAUCGUCUCGAGAACCAAUUCAUUCCCUACCGUUAAUUCGACAAACGAGCCAGACCACACCACCACAUCUGUGCCUCAGGUUAUUGAUUCUGCUGAAUCGCAGCACGAUCCGAAUAGCGAUUCUUCCAAUGUUCCUCCCACAGAGUCUGAUGUUAAUUCAGGGGGCACGCAUGCCGCACCAUUAUGGAAUGACGAAGUGGACAAUGAGGCUGAAGGGGAAGACUUUUUCAAUCAAGUCAGCACUCAGACUAAGCCCAUCUAUAUCCCACCCGAGUUUGCGGAAUCGAGGUUUGAGGAAGGACUCCCGUUGGUUGAUAACGGCGACCAGAGCGAUGACCAGCAAGCUGAACAGCCCAAACAGCAAAGUGCUCUGGAUUCGGUUUUCAGCGAGGAUAUAUCUACAGAUGAAGCGGGUUUUUUUAGCUCUAACAUGUCGCAGGCAGCAGAACCAUCGGAGACACUACCCACAUUACACCGAAAGCAGACUUCACAAGUGCUAGACUCACUGCGAAUGGAUGAUGCUUUUCGGGGAGAUGAGUCUCCUAUCGAGCCUCCUCGCAUCCCUUGUGAACAGAUGUCUACAUCAGAAGCGGUCAAUGGGCACCAGACUUCUAAGGAUGAUGCAACAACCCCAGAGAAUUUAGAUGAGAAUGAACUUGCAGAACGAUGGAAAGCAGCCCUUGAUGAUGAUUUACUUGAUGAUGAGCUUCUUGACGAUGACCUGCUCGAUAAUGAUAACGCAGCUCAACAGGAAGAUGAAAAGCCACCAGCUCCACCCCCGUCACAGCGCUAUGCACCCAACACUUCGGCGUAUUUACCUCAAUCUCGUCCCGCACCCCCUCCAAUUAAUCCGUACGCCCCUCAUCAGCCAUCAUCUUCUUCGAUGAUGGAAGGUAUAGCCCCCGCCCUUUAUGGAGAACAUGCGCAGCCCAUCAGCCCGGUCUCCGCGUCUGCGGAAAGCUUUUCGAAUCAACCAAAGGCUGGAUACAAAUCCCCAUAUGAUCUACCUGAUGAUUUGCAACCAAAGCGCCGAAUCGCUCCACGGUCUGCUUCUAAUAUCAGCCAGCCGUAUCAACCAACUCCCGAUUCCAGGCCUUCUAGCUCCUAUAGCGCUGCGCCGCUGCAAACUGCCCCUCCAGUAGCGCCAAUCAACCCUUAUGCUCCUCAGCCUCAACCUCAGUCUCAGAAACCAGCGGGUCCUAGCAACUUUUUUGAAGAACUUCCAAUAGCCCCACGGUCAAGGCCAUCAACAAGAGGAAGAUAUGCUCCUCUCCCUGCAGAAGCAGGCCGACAGGCCCCCGCAGGUUCGCAAAUGAUGACUCCCACACCUCAGCAGCAUACUGAACCCCAGCCUCAAGGACAGUAUGGAUUACAGGCACCUCCAAGAAUGGACCCUUAUGCAAAUGUCAUAGCUCCUGCUGGGCCUGUUGCAACCAAGCCAGCAACACAAUACUCUUCCAGGCCAACUGGGAAGCCCGCAGCAUCUGGACGUUACUCUCCCGCACCCCCGCUUUCUAGCAGCGCACCUAGCCACUCAUACAUGCCAAAUCAUGCGGGAAUUACACUUCCAUUUCAGCCAAGAACCUCAAGCCCCCUUGCACAGCACGAUUCUAGUCAUGUUAGGCCUCAGGUUCAUCCUGAAACUCCUCGUGAGGGCUCUUUUGGCAGCCAGGAGUCAGCUCAGCAUCUCUCCCCUCCAGCUGCCCAUAAUGACUUUGGGCAAAGGAACUAUGCUCCAAUGGCAAACGCUAUCUCAUCCCCCCCUUCUAGCAUGCCACCGCCCUCUGCUCCUGUACGAAUGUCUCCGCCUCGCAGAUCACAAACCCAGUCUCCUGGGAAGCGGAUUUAUAGCCAGGGACAUCCCUCUAUAGUACAGGAUAAUGCGCAAAGGCCCGCAUCUGCCCACGCUCCCAGUGGGCCUGCUCCAGCUUCCCAUUUUCCGCUGGCUCGGGCUAUGACAGUGGAUCCACACCCAGCACCUGCUAUUGAUUUCAUCGCUCCAACAGAUAGCCAUAGCCUCGAUCCUUUGGAGCGUUGGAAGGGCGCUCCCAUUAUUAAGUUCGGUUUCGGCGGAUCUUUAAUAACCUCGUUUCCAAAGCGUGUUCCUCUGUACUCAACUGGGCAACUGGCUCCUCGUAUGAAGCCGGUCCCAGGUGAAGUUAAAUUGCGUUCUUUCAAUGAGGCUAUUCCAGAGUCUGUUAUGCCAGCCAAAUUCCCCGGACCUCUGAAGUCUAAAUCCAAAAAGAAAGAGGUCAUUACUUGGCUAUCAAACAUGAUUUCGAGUUUCGAACAUGAGGACCCCCAAGGUCUCGUGAGUCUCACUCAUGGAGAAUAUCAAGCCAAGGUAGAGAAAAUCAUGCUCUGGAAGGUUCUCAGAACGCUUGUUGAGCACGAUGGUGUCCUUCGAGGUGCUCCCGAUGCAGAAAAGAGUCUUCGUAGUAUUCUGUCGCCCAUUACCCCACAAAAUGAUCAGGGAGCGCCAACCAUGGGUUCAAUGAACACACUUUACGGCAAAGAGGAGCCUGCCAAUGUUAGCCUAGACGCAAUUCAACAUAACUUGCUUCUUGGUGAACGUGAAAAGGCCAUAUGGGAUGCCGUUGACCACCGGCUGUGGGGCCAUGCCAUGCUACUCUCCUCAACAUUAAAUCCAUCCAUUUGGAAGCAGGUUGUUCAGGAGUUCAUCCGUCGUGAAGUACGAUCUGUAGGCGAAAACACCCAAUCGCUUGCUGCUCUUUACGAGGUACUGGCUGGCAACUUCGAGGAGAGUGCAGAUGAGUUAGUUCCUCUAUCUGCACGAGCUGGUUUGCAAAUGGUUAAUACCCGUACCGGUCAAGGUCCAACCGGGAACGCACUUGAUGGACUCAACAAAUGGCAAGAGACCUUGAGUUUGAUUUUGAGCAAUUCUAGCACCCAAGAUGACCAGGCUAUAUUAGCACUGGGCAGGUUGCUUUUGUCGUACGGAAGAGUGGAAGCGGCCCAUAUUUGCUUCCUGAUUGCCAGAUCUAACACCAACCCUAUAUUUGGAAACCUUCAGGACCCGAAUGCUUAUAUCGUCCUGAUUGGAGCCGACCACAAACGAUAUCCAUUCACCUUUAUGGCUGAUUCUACUGCGUGUUUGCUCACCGAGGUAUACGAAUUCGCUACUUCUGUCCUUACAGCGACGCCAUUACACGUUCUGCCUCAUUUACAGGCUUUCAAGCUCCAACAUGCAAUGACUCUUGCUGAGACAGGUCAUCGCUCAGAGGCCCAGCAGUAUUGCGAAGCAAUUGGCGCCCUGCUGAAGACAGCAACCAAACUCUCGCCGCACUAUAACCAGCGAUUCUUCAUUGAGCUGGAGGAGCUUUCAAACCGCCUACGCCAAUCACCCGGUGAUUCAACGUCGUCUUGGAUGUCAAAACCCAGCAUGGAGAAGGUAUCUGGCUCAAUGUGGGCUAAAUUCAAUAGCUUUGUCGCUGGUGACGACUCUAGCCCCGACUCUUCUGAUCCAUCUAAGCCUCAUGAAGACCAAGGUCCAUUCGCAAAUAUUGUUGGUACUCCGCCAGUCACCCAUUCACCUGGAGGACCUGAAUCGUUCGGUUCAUAUUUCCCUACACACCAACAACAGCCAGUCGCUAUCCCUGCUUCGAACUCUCGUUAUGCACCUAAUAACCAAUAUGCCCCUUUUUCAUCCCCGGAUCAGCUUCGCGGCCGCCGCUCUCUAGACUCGCAGCGUUCCCCCUCACGGGGUGCUGCUGCUCGGUCAUACUCACAGAGGCGACAUUCCCAAGAUCCUUCCACUGGCUAUGAGAAUAGCUAUGCUCCACUCGCAGCCGGCAAUCCUUACUCUCCAUCGCCAGCGGCCCCCCAACCUACUACGCACUCUACCCCAUUACCUGCUCACUCACCACUAGCUCCUGUUGAGGAAGCGAGCUCGUCGUUGGCUCCGAGCACUACCUCAGAGCAAGCUCCUGGAAUGGGGGUGUCGGCUCCCAGGCCAAGCUCGUUUCAGCCCGCCUACCAACCAGUCAAUGCCACCUAUUCUCCUCCCAUGCAAGAAUCUCAAGGAGGAUACGAACCUCCAUCAGAGGGCGGAUACCAACCUCCAUCUUAUGAGCCGCCUUCUUAUGAGCCCCCUAUGAAUGAACCUGAGUCGCCUGAGAGUGAAGAAGCUGAAGAAAAGAAGCCCAAACCAAGGAAGAGCUUUAUGGAUGACGAUGAUGAUGACAGUUAUACUAGCAAAGGAGCAGCCGCAGCCGCACCCACAAAUGGAGUAGAAACAGACAGAGGACGUAGGGAACGAGAAGCAGCUGAACUUGUUAGGAAGGCUGCCGAAGAAGAUGCCAAACGUCCACCUCCGGAUGCAAAGAAGGGGUGGUUUACUGGCUGGUUCGGGAAGCGAGAUCCAAGUGCUUCUGGCGGUCCUAUCCGAGCCAAGUUGGGAGAACAAAGCUCGUUCUACUUCGAUGAAGACCUGAAGCGUUGGGUUAACAAGAAGGAUCCCAACAGCGCCACGUCCUCCACCUCUGCCUUACCGCCUCCGCCAAAGGGCUCAGCAGCCGGCAGCCGGUCUGCCAGCGCUGAACAGCGCCCACCCACUUCGGCGUCUGUCGCAAGUGCACCCGAUGCAGUCCCCAUCCCACUAGCCAGACAAUUGUCGGCUCAGGGUGGCCCAAAUUCACCAUAUGGCUCUGCUCCUCCCCCGUCUUCGCUGGGAGUUCCAGGUGGUACUCCACCUUUGACUCCAUCUUCAAGACCUGGAACUGCCCUGAGCCAUGCAAGUUCCAUUGAUGAUUUACUUUCAGCCCCGACUUCCAAGAAGGGAGGUACCCUGAAAGGACGUAAGAAGGGCCGAUAUGUCGAUGUUAUGGCAAAAUCCUGA